CGAUACCUCACGAAUAUCCCUUUGUCCGAAGGUCAUCUUGCCAUCUCGCAUUGAAAAGGACCAACAACCCACCCAACCGACUCGAGGAUUCUCUUCAUCUGCAUCCUCUUCUCCCGUAUCUUUGGACCAAAGCAGCUCCGCCAUGUCUCUCACUCGCUACACCGCGCCCAUCCCCGAGGGUGCGAAAGUGGUUGAGACGCGCGAGCAGCUCAACCAAGCAGCCAGGCAAAACCCCCAAACUGUCCUGUAUGAUCAGGAUGGUGGCUACAUGUUGAAAGACGAGGACGGAACCGUGGUGGCUGUCGCCGCUGACUCUCUGUGUCCUGAGUUGGACCAAGCCGUCGCUGAAGUCGAGGCCAAACAGGCACAGGAGAAGCUGGCUGGCACUACUGGAGACCCAGGUGAAACCAAACGAGACGUCAAUGAUGACCUGGGUGCUAAUCGUCCCCUACGGUGUUCUCAUCCUAGAUGCUUCAAUUCCGCCAUCUGUCUGACCUAUACCGAUUGUCACGUCUGCUUGCGACAUAACCACUGCAUUUGA